ACAGUGAUAUUUCUUGUUUUUUUUAUCAAAAGGUUUGCUGGCAAAAGACACUUUCAAAGAUAGCGAGAAGAGAGAGAGAGAGACAGGUAAUGAAGAGUAUGAAUUGAAAACAAAAAACGAACAACAUGUGCUCGAAACUGCCUGACGCAACUCGUCGUUGGAAUUUCGACUGUAUGCUGCCAGUGCUGCGCUCUUAGCUCUUUUACAAUUGUGAAUAUAUCAAUAUGCAGCUAGCAUUUAAAUAUCCAAGUAAUGCGCCUAGCUAAAAAUGUCAAACUUAAACAACACUAUUGUAAUAGAAACGGAUAAGUGUUUUUAUUACAAUAAAGUAAGCAAACCAGCUUGCUAACUGCAAUUUAACAAGAACAAAUUUGUGCGAAAAAAGGCUAAAGUGACAGCAUUGUUGCGCAACCGGCGAAAGCUAUAAAAGCAGACAGUGUGGCAUAAACUUAAUCAGUUGCAAUUGGACCUGCCAAUAAAGCGGACAGCGAGCGCAAGGCGGAAAACGCAUUUCGAAUAAUGUGCGGUAUUUUUGCCAUUUUUUCAAGCGAUGGCAAGGCCAUCGCAGCCAGAUGCAUUCACGGCAGUAAACAUACAUUGCGGGAACUGGCCUAUCGCCAGAGUGGCAGGCAGCGGCAUCGUGGACCAGACUCCACUGGCGUUGUGGUCGUCGCCGAGCAGGGAGUGGCCAUGGUACACGAACGCCUACGUAUUGUGGGCGUGGAGAUGGGCGAUCAACCCUUUGUCUCCGACGAUGGCAACUUGAUACUCGUCGCCAACGGCGAGAUCUACAAUUAUCUGGAACUUGCGGCGCAGAUUGCCAAGCGACGUGGUGGCUACAAACCGAAAAGCGAUUGCCACGUGAUACUUGAAUUGUAUCGGGAUUAUGGAGUGGAUUUGCUGCAGCAUAUUACGGGCAUGUAUGCCUUCGCCCUGUACGACAAGCGCACCAAGGAGCUGCUACUCGCCCGUGAUCCCAUUGGUAUUAUACCCAUGUAUCUGGGCGAGGAUACAGCGGGCAACAUUUGGAUUGCCUCGGAGAUGAAGUGUUUGGUGGGCGUUUGUGAGCGAGUGGAGACUUUUACGCCGGGAGAGGCGCGUUUUGGACGCGUCGGCGCAAUGCGUCGCUGGCGCCACUUUGAGCAGCCAUGGAUGCAACAGUUGCCCACUUUGGCCUGCGAUUUGUCGCUGCUCCGCACCAGUUUGGAGUCAGCGGUGCGCACCCAUCUCCACUGUGAUGUGCAUUUUGCUGCACUGCUCUCCGGCGGAGUCGAUUCCAGCUUGAUUGCCUCGAUUGCCACGAAGAUUAUGCGUGAAACUAAUCCCGACUACAAAUUGAAAACCUUCUCGGUGGGUUUACGCAAUGCGCCGGAUUUUGAGGCUGCUCGCCAGGUGGCCAAAUACAUAGAGAGUGACCACACAGAGCUGAUUUUUGAGAUUGAGGAUGCGCUGGAUGGCAUACGGGAUAUUGUGUACCAUCUGGAGACCUACGAUGUGACCACCGUGCGCUGCAGUCUGCCAAUGCUGCUCCUGGCACGCUACAUCAAGAGCACUGGGAUUAAGAUGAUACUCUCCGGCGAGGGUGCCGAUGAGAUCUUUGGGGGCUAUUUAUACUUCCACAAGGCACCCAACUAUCAAGAGUUCCACGAGGAGCUGGUGAAGCGUGUCCAGCAACUGCAUUUAUCCGAUUGUCUGCGUGCCAACAAGGUGGCCAUGGCGAAGGGUGUAGAGUUGCGUGUUCCAUUCCUGGACACGGCAUUCGUCAACUAUGUGAUGAACAUACGGCCACAGGACAAGAUUCCCGGUGAACUGAACACCUUCACCAAUGAGCACAAAACACGCAUGGAGAAGUAUGUGUUGCGUGCCGCAUUUGCCGAGGAUUAUCUGCCGGAUGAGGUGUUGUGGAGGCAGAAAGAGCAGUUCUCCGAUGGCGUCGGCUACGCUUGGAUUGACAGCAUACGCCGUGUGGCUACCAGUCAUGUGGGGGACGAGGAGUUCGCAUUGGCCGGCGAGAGAUUCCCCUUCAAUACGCCCACAACGAAGGAGGCUUUUUAUUAUCGCUGCAUUUUUGAGCAGCAGUUUCCGGGCGAGUCAGCGGCAAAAACGGUGGUCAGAUGGGUGCCACGCCUCGAUUGGGGCUGUCCGGAGGAUCCGUCGGGUAGGGCACAGGCGGUGCAUCAGAAUAAAGAGGCAGAGACUGAGCGAGAAAGAGCUUAAAUAGUUGACAAUCAAAUUUGAGUUUUAAAUUUCCUGGUUUUCAUUUGCAAAUUUAGCAUAUUACAAAUUCAAUUGCCAGCAGAAUUCACUGGAGUGCAAAACGCAAACAAUACGUUUAUUCAAUAUUCCACAAAAGAACUGCCGACGUAGACAGUAUUUGCAAACGAGAAUAAAUAAAUAAUUAAUUAUCAGAA